GCUGGCCAGCAAUGACCCCCUGGUCCAGAUUCAGCCCGACCAGCCCUAUGCAGAGCUCUGGAUGGGCACACACCCUCGGGGUGAUGCCAUCAUCCGGGACAACCGUAUCCCCCAGAAGACCUUGGGCCAGUGGAUCACCGACAACCCUGCCUGCCUGGGGGCGAAGGUGAAGGAUGCCUUCCAGGGUACCUUGCCCUUCCUCUUCAAGGUGCUCUCAAUCAACACUGCCCUCUCCAUCCAGGCACACCCCAACAAGGAGCUGGCAGCGAAGCUUCAUGCCCAGUUCCCAGAGCACUACCCUGAUGCCAACCACAAGCCUGAAAUGGCCAUCGCUCUCACCCCCUUCGAGGGCUUGUGUGGCUUUCGGCCGGUGGAGGAGAUCGUCUCCUUCCUCCAGAGCGUCCCUGAGCUGCGGGCGCUGAUCGGGGAGGUGGCAGCGGAGCAGCUGGAGCGCAGCGGCAGCGACGACCCCCGCGGCGUCUCGGCUGCCCUCCGCGUCUGCUUCACCCGCCUGAUGAAGAGCGAGAAGAAGUUCUUCGUGGACCAGCUGAACAUGCUGGUGAAGAGGAUCACUCAGGAAGCGGCAGAAGGGAAGGACAUCUCGGGGAGCAAUGGGGACCUGCUGCUGCGGCUGCACUCCCAGUACCCAGGGGACAUCGGCUGCUUCACCAUUUAUUUCCUCAACCUGGUGAGGCUGGAGCCAGGGGAGGCCAUGUUUCUGGGAGCCAAUGAGCCUCAUGCCUACCUGCACGGAGACUGUGUGGAGUGCAUGGCUUGCUCAGAUAACACGGUGCGCGCCGGGCUCACCCCCAAGUUCAUCGAUGUCCUCACCUUGUGUGAGAUGCUCAACUACACACCAGCACCCAGCAGCUCCAAGAUCUUCCCAGCUGUUCAGAGCCAGCUUGACCCCAGUGUCUACCUCUUUGACCCACCUGUGCCAGACUUUGCCAUCAUGAAGAUAGAGAUCCCUGCCUCCAUCAAGCUGUACCUCGUCUCCGCCGUGGACUCUGCCAGCAUCUUGCUGGUGAUCCAAGGGACAGCUGUGGGCACCUCCACGGCGGCAGCCUCCGAAAUGACCCUGCGCCGUGGCUCCGUGCUCUUCAUCUCCGCCAACGAGAGCAUCUCCCUCCACCUCUCCUCACCUGAUGGAAUGCUGCUCUUCCGAGCCUGCUGCCUCCUCUGA